AUGAUUUUUCAUGAUGGUUACACGUAUACAUUAGAACGAAGUACCGAUAUCAAACUCAUUUUUCGGUGUCAGAAACGUGAUUGCAAAGGGCGUUGUCAUACAAAUCUGGCUACGGAUUUAUUUUUGACACCACCCACUGUACAUUCACAUGCACCAAAUCCAGAUCACCUUCCAGUUGUUGAACUCAACAAUCAAAUCAAAACUCGAGCGGCUACUACUGAUGAAGCAUCAAGUACCAUUCUACACUCUGCGCUACGAGCAUUUCCUUUGGAUGCGGAUUUCUCUUUUAUAGCUGGGAGCCUUCUCACAAAAAAUUAUGUUAAAAGAAAUCGUGCGACGAGUUAUCCACGACAAAAUGACCGCGCCGAAAAGAUCGGCGACUAA